AUGGACCUGCGGCCCAAUCACACGCUGUAUGUCAAUAAUUUAAAUGAUAAGUUAGGCAAAACAGACCUCAAGCGCGCCCUCUACUACCUCUUCAGUCAGCAUGGUCGCAUAAUCGACAUCAUUGCGAUGAAGACGCCCAAGAUGCGGGGACAGGCGUUCAUCAUCUACCAGAACAUCAAUUCGGCCACCAGCGCUCUGCGUGUGCUUCAGGGAUUCCAGUUCUUUCAAAAGAUGGAAGCGGCUGAAGCCGAGCCUCCGAAUCGGGUCCUGUUUGUCAGUAACUUGCCAGAGGAGACGACAGAUGCCAUGCUCACCAUGCUGUUCAGCCAAUUCUCUGGCUUCCAGGAAGCCAGGAGGGCUGUCGGUGGCAUUGGUUUCGUUGAAUAUGAGACGGAGAAUCAGGCUACUGCGGCCAAGGCAGCCUACAAUGAAUUCAAACUCACCCCAACCCAUGCGAUGACCAUUACUUAUGCCAAGAAGUAA